AUGUGUGUCCUUGGGGGCAAGCCCCUAGACAACGGCAAUCUAAAACUGGAGAACGGCAGAAAGCCAACAGAUCUGACUCAGGAAUCAGCUCUUCGCAUAUUGAGGGCUCCCAGCGAAAAGAAAGCUCUCGAGAUUCCGAAUCAAGAUGACCAGAAAUCUUCUCAAAAGCUCACAGGAGACUUGUUGGACAUGGAGGGUGGCAAGGAGUGUGGAAAGAGAGAUGAGUCGUUCUUCAACACCCUCCAGGCCAUCAACAGGCCGGUCCCCCUCUUGCCGACUGACUAUGGUGCCGAGAAGAUGAACGGAACUUGUGUCCCUGGCUUCGGGACGAUUCCGACCCUGAAUAUGAGCGCUACAGGGCCUGGGCCGUUGUCGGGGCUGCCACCAUUCUCGUUCCCGUUGAGUACCUUCCAACCUCUGGGACUCAACGCAACGCCUGAGGUAGCAUCUGGGACGAUUCCUGGAUUUGGGCUGGGCUUAGGCGCGGGAGGCUUCCCACCAUCUGGUGGUUUGACGAAUCAGUUGAACUUGGGGGCGAUCAGUCCCGCGAUGCAACCAUUCUCUGUCUCACCAACUCCCUUUGUGAACAACCUUUCAGCUCUCCCGCUGCCGAGUGCUCCACCGGCGGCAACGGGGGGUGUGCAUUCUCAACCACGUCCUGUGCCCAAGCCGGUAAAUCCAAAUCCGGGACAGCAGCAAGCAUAUGAGGCAUGGAUUGAGUGGCGCAAGGCAACCGAACCAGGCUAUGCUUUGGAGUGCAAGAACCGGCAGCAACGCAGAGCCCAGAGAAGUUCGACAGUGCACAUGGGACCAGCUCAGGGUCCCCACAACGCAGUACAAGUGGGUUGA